AUGGACGCCGAAGAUCUUAUAACCCAGGCCAAGGGCACUUCUCCGAACAUUAAGGAACUUUUGGACCUUGUUAAGCCUUUCCAAAGCAGUCAUGAAACCUUGAGUAGCCUACACGAUGACCUUGAUGUUCUUAAGCAAGUUGUUAAAACACUGCAAGAGGAUAAAGAUGGAUUCUUAAGUCAUAAUGCAAAAUACCAACCAAAGUUGCUAGAAGAAUGCCACCACUUACUCAAAGGCUCUAAAAUCAUCUGCAGUGAGCUUUAUGGCGAAUUCAAGGGCGCUAUGCAGCAGUCGGCCAUUUGGAGCGGGGUGAAUCAGCAUGAAAUCCAGAACAAUGUCCUUCGAAAUACUCCCAUCCUAGUCGGACUGCGUAUUUGGAUACUGCGCCUUGACCUUACGGUUAAAUUUAUGCAAUUCCUUGCACAAACGUACAGUGGAAAACAUGAUUGGAAAGUUCAGACGCGAAUUGCAGUUUAG